AUGGCAGGGUCUGGGCAAGCCAGGGCGGUGAUUGAGUUGUUUUGUAAAAUUUUAGAGGAGAAUAUUUCAUGUGUUAUUCGUGCAGAGACUCUUAGACAAGCAAAGUUCAACAAGCAGUCAGCAACUGAACCAUUAUGGAAGCUGAUAUUCCAUGUUGUUUAUUUCUGCACAAGUCAUCUUCCGCAUAGUAAAUUCAAGCCAUUGAUGAUUCCAGCCUUGAAAGAGGAGGAGAUAGUCUUCGUGAAGACUCAGCUUCAGAAAUGGGGCUACAUAAUGCGGCCAUUUGCUAGAUUGCCGCACGACUUUUCCAGUGGUAGUCGGGAGCUUUUACUUGCCCUGGGUUGGGUGAUUCAUACGCAGCAAGUGUUUGAUAAAAUCAUAUCAUCUUGGUCUAGUCCCUUGCAGCAGGAUUUAAUGGAAUUUUUACACCAAAAAGGGCCGUCACUCAGCUCAGAGAGUCAGCCUUGUUCACACCUUGAGACAGUCGUCCAUACUCCCAAAGACAAAAUCCAAAGGCAGCUGCUGUUGUGUGGUAAACUAAGACUGUCCUUGAGAAGGUUAUACAUGACUCAUCAGGCUCUGGCAGGACUCAAACUUACCAUUUGUAAAAGCACAGAGGGCGUUAGUCUACUGGCUGAUGAUCACCACCUUUCACCUCUAGAGGUUUAUUUGUUGAGGUACCCAGACAGUAUGAAGAAGAUGCUUGAUGAGCUAGAGAAAGAUAAUGCACGAAUGAAGAAUUUACUUGACUGGACCGACAAGGAACAUAUAUUUUGGGAAUGGAUGACCAGUGUUUUAACUCUUCACAACCAAGAAAAGGCUUAUGCAGCUUCUGACACCCUGCCUGCAGUAGAGGAAGUUUACUUGCCUCUGCCGGGUGCCGUAGAAAAAGAGAUUGUUGCAGCUCGGACAAAACUUAGGGACUUUAUUCUCAAACAUGAAGCAGACAUUGAACAGAUGGAGCAGCUUCUGCUGAGAAAGAAAGUAUCAGAUGUUGAGGCUGUGGCUCUGAAACAUCAGGUAGACAAUGAAAUCUCACAGCUGACCCAAAGACUGCAUGAUUGCGGCCGAGGCUGGAACUGGGGAUCUGAGGGAGACUUGCCUCAGGGUUCUACCGAGUGUCUUACACUGCAAGAUUGCCCCAGCGAGACAUCUUUAUCUCUGCCAAAACAAUCAAAGCCAAAAUAUGUGGUUGCGUCUGCUCAGGCUAUGAAGACUGCAAGACAAGCCAGAAUACUGGAAGAUGUAAGAUCUGAGAUCUCCAGGCUAGAGGACAGUGUGCUUCAGCUGGAGACAGAGCUUAAACACAUGGAGAAGAACAACCUGAGGCAGCUUCAUGCUCUGAUAGAGAAGGACUCUGAGGUCAUCUGUGUGCAGCCGAGAUACUGUAAACAACUUGUUCUUUAA